AUGGGAGGUUGCUGUUGUUCUGCCAGAAAAACGCAUCUGCAUGGAACUCCGGUGUAUUACUAUUGCCCACCAAUUUUAGAAGAGCGCGAUUCCUUAACCUCUAAUGAUGGUCCAACCGAUUCUCUCACUGCUGGAUUGCUGGUUGGCUUGAAUGUGGAAGAAUCCACACCUGAUACUUACCAGCCUCCUCCUGCACCACUGCCUUAUGAUACAGUCUUGGGUGGUCCAGCAUCGACAGACUCCAAGUCAGGCAGAGACACAGUUAGUGGUAGUAGUAUUAAAACUGCAGUUACAUGUGAAGAUAUUGAAGAAUCUGACUCUAAAGCUCAUGUUAAAUCUGAACCAUUAUCCCCUAACAAGGCAGAACUGUGUAAAUCAAAUAAACCUCAAGCACUGGUAAUAGAAGAAGAGGAUGGCUGUCCAAUCUGCCUUGAAGAAUAUGAUGUUGAGAAUCCUAAGACUCUUACAAAAUGUGAACACCACUUUCACCUGGCUUGCAUUCUUGAGUGGAUGGAAAGAAGUGACUCCUGUCCUAUAUGUGACCAGGAAAUGAUAUUUGAUGAGGAACUUGACUAG